GUGCAGCUGGCGCAUGCGCAGGGUGGUGUGGGUUGAGGGGUGCGAAUCGCUGGUCCCUGAGUCCCGCGACCUGGGCUCCGCUCCAAUACAGACAUGCUGUGUCGGAUGGGCGGUCGGUGGCAGCGGUUGCUGCCUACCCUACAGCUCCGGACUGGGGGCCUGCCUCUUACGCCAUCCCUCAGGAGCAGCGCCGAGCCCCCGGCUCUCCCAAUGUGGGCGGUGGCGUCAGUCUCUGCAGUUGCCCCGGGCGGUGCGGGCGGCUGGUAUGAGGCCCUGGCAGCGUCCGCGCCGGUGCGGGCCGCUGAGGAAGUGCUGCUCGGCGCGCACGCCGCCUCGGGCCUUCCUUGGUGGGGCAGCAUUCUGCUCACCACUGUGGCGCUGCGCGGCGCGGUCACGCUGCCCCUAGCCGCCUACCAGCACUACAUCCUGGCCAAGGUGGAAAAUUUGCAACCAGAAAUAAAAAACAUUGCUAGGCAUCUUAACCAUGAAGUUGCAGUUUAUGCAAGUCAGCUGGGAUGGUCCAAAAGAAUUGCCAAGCUCACUUAUCUAAAGAAUAUGAGGAGGCUUGUUUCAGAGCUGUAUGUUCGGGACAACUGCCAUCCUUUCAAAGCCACGUUGUUGGUUUGGAUUCAGUUUCCAAUGUGGAUCUUCAUUUCUGUUGCCCUCCGGAAUUUUAGCACAGGGGCAGUACACACAGAAGCAGGUUUUUCUGUUCAGGAGCAGUUAGCUACUGGUGGGAUCCUCUGGUUUCCUGACCUCACUUUGCUGGAUUCCACUUGGAUUCUUCCUGUCUCUGUUGGUGUCACCAAUUUAUUAAUAGUGGAGAUUUUUGCUCUACAAAAAAUUGGAAUGUCUCGAUUUCAGAAGUAUGUUACAUACUUUGUCCGUGCUGUAUCAGUAUUGAUGAUUCCAAUUGCUGCAACAGUACCUUCCGAAUCAUCUUUGAAAUUGCCUCAAUAUCAGAUUCAGCCCUGGAACCAGUAGGAAUGCAGACCCUAGAAAAAAAUUAAAAGAAUGUAGUUUGUUUUAUUCUCUUGAGUAUUAACCUAAAAUGACCACAGAAUGUGGACUGUUAAAUUUUGAGGCAAAAUAUUUUUGAAACCAUGCAAAAAUGUAUAUUUUUAUAUUAAAGAUAAGUAUUUAAAGCUUCAUAUAAAUAUGCUAUAAAACAGUGAGUUUCCAUUAAAAACACUGUCUUAUGAGCUGUCCUAGCAGCACCCAUAUAAUACAAAUAUUUUUGGUGUGGGUACUGGAGAUUGAACCCAAUAGCACUUUACUACUGAGCUACAUCCCCAACCCUUUUUAAUUUUAUUUUAAGUUGGUCUUGCUAAGUUGCUAAAGCUAGCCUCAAACUUCUGAUUCUCCUGCCUCAACCACCCAGGACACUGGGAUUACAGGUGUGCACUACUGUGCCCAGCUAUAAUUUAGAAGUUAUAUGAAUUGAUGGAAAUUUUUCUAUUUGAACCUUACAAAAUUUUACAAGUAUAAUUUAAAGUUACAAUAACAUUAUUUUCUAAUUUCUAUUCAUUAUAUUUAUAUAUACAUUCUGAUAGUAUUUUAUGAAAGCAUUUAGCUUUGGAAAGUUGGAAUUCGUGCAGCAUUUAAACCAUAGAUAAUUUUUAUUUACCUGGAAGUUACUAAAACUUUUGUUGUUUUUACUGGUUAUACAACUAAACUAAAAAUAUUCAUACAAAUAUAAGAAUAUAUAAUGUGUAUGUAUGUAUGCAUGUAUGUCUUUAUAUCUGAAUUUGGUUUAUGAAUAUUUUAAGCAAAGUCCUAAAAAAAUCUGAAUUUAUAUGUAUUCUUCUUUGCUAAUAUAAGAGUAUGAAGCCUCCAGAUAUCUCCUUGAUAAUUCCUUAAGAAAGUGAAAAACUAAUAAUGGGGUCAAGUUAAUGUUACUGGAGAAUUCUGUAGAUCUGUAAUCCUUGGUAUAACAAUACAUAAGAUCUAGUUGGUAUGUGAAUCUCAUGUAUGAUGAAAUUUAAAAAUUCAUAGUUUAUAAAAAGAAAGAACAUAAAAAGCUCAAAAGAUCAGGAUUCAGCAAAUUUUCAAAAUACAGAAUAGAUGAAAAUAUGUUUUUUUUUCUUUAAUUUACAAAGUUUGAUUUCUGUAUAUGUGCUAAAUGUUAAGAACUGUGGACAGUCUUCCUGCCAGGGAGCUGGCUUGUAAAAAUGUGUGAUUGGGGUGGUGAAAUUUCUUUUUAGGAAUCUGGAAUCAAAAUAAAAAUAAUGUGCAUUUAUUUGCAACUUGAAAGUGUGGUGCACUUUUCCUUCCUUUUUCUUACAAAUCUGGAGGAAAAGUGCUGCAUUUCUGCAAAUAAAAUAAUUGUUUCAAAUACAGUCAGCAGCAAGUUAUUAAUACCUUAGCAUGUCUGUAGUGAUCUGUCACACCCAAAACAUUGUUUGCAAAACUAAAUUCUCAUGUAGAGGUAGUAUCAAUUCUGGUUGAGCCCUACAAUAUAACCACUACUGAAUGGUUUUUCUCUUACUAAUACAAAAAUGGGUGAAGAGGGUGUUUUCUUCCUUUAUGUACAGUAUAUAGAAGCUUCAAAUUAGAGACUAAAACUGGGUACUAAUAAUGAGAAAGUAAUUUUCUUAUCCAGUUAUAAUUCUAAGUAAUGCAGCAACCAAAUUAACCCCUGACUUCAGGAAAAUAAAAUAGUUCAUAGGAGAACAUGCUCUGGAAAAAUAUUAGUAA